UUGAUCGCUACCGGUGGAUGUCCGUCCGUUUGGUUUGUUUUUAGUGUGGUUUUUAUCGGUAAACGGUUUCGUGCGUGCAUUGUGCUCGAUGGACACACCCGACCACCUGCACCUUCGUAACAUUGCCGAAUUGAGAAGUGCUAAUGGAUCGUGAAACAUCGAACGUCCCGAGCUGGUGCCACCAAUCGCUCCUACACGACCAUGCUGACUCGACGACCACCACGGACGGGGAGCCGGUGGAUGAGCGACGCAAAUCCCCGAGAGCACGCUGUUCCAGCGGACGACUGCGGAUGGAGGCAGCCGUCACGGUGCAUGCUCCAUGGGCGAGCGAAGAUUCCGACGGCGAGGAGAGUGAUUGCAAUGACCAUCGGGCACCAUCGGUCAAGGGUCGUCCUGCGUCACCCAGACCACCAAUGCCCGGCACAGCCGUGACCGAAGGGCCCGAUCCGCUGCAACGCUACGUCCGGCUGCAGGAAGAGCACGUCGAGGCGUCCGUCGUUGUGCUAACGAAUGGGACCGGCACUGUUGGCACAGGUACUACACUUGAAUCAUUGCCAAAAGGCAGUGGGAAAUUAACUUUCAAUCUAACCCCGGAGCAACUGGGUGUCCGCAACGUGGUAGAGCGGGUGGACCGCACUAGACGAACCAUUCCCGCUGGCGAAUACCUGCUCUCGCCGGACGCCAGCACUGGGGAGGAAUGUCCGCGAAAGAGUAGCCUGCGGCGCAAUUCAGCGUACAGCAAUCAAUCGGAGAUGGAUAAGCAACUCGCCCUCGAGCAGCAUCCGGAGCCACUUCCGGACAGUGACGAAGUGUGUCCCGGUCCAGCAGGCACACCGGCCGGCUCGCUGAGGAUGAUGCUGAUGAUGAUACCGUCCGACACUGUACGGACGGAGGAUGUCGAUGGAUCACGGGGCUCGGUUAGUUCGCGGGUAUCGGUCAGUGGUCAGCUGCCCCGAAGGGCACAACAUAAAUUUGACGAGAUAUCCACAAUCUACGACCACUUCCCGACCGACUUUCUACCCGACCGGUUCCUGUGCGGGCUGUGCCAGAAGCUGCUACGCGAACCACGUGUGCUAGACUGUCUGCACACGUUCUGUCGGGCGUGCUUGGAGCGGGUUGCCGCGACGGUCACGCACGGUCAGGACAGUGCCCAGUUCUGGCAGCGCGUCAACGAAAAUGCCAGCUUCGAUUGGGACCCUCAAGCAGGCGAUCAGGAUACAGGUAAUGGCAAAGCGGUAAAUGAUAAUGUUUCUGGCACGUUGGGAACCAUCGGCGAGUCACGUUUCGAUCAGCUCCGUGCCUCCUUUCAAAACUUUCGGGAGCAGAACUGUUUGCGAUCGCCGGUAAAGUCUGACAAGUGCAGAGACAAAGUUAAGGCUAGAGUAAUAUAUGGUGACAGGGAAAAAGUUAUCGUGUGUCCCACCUGUAAUCAUCCAACGGAGCUACCGGCUGGACCGGGCGGUAUUGGCCAGCUGCCGCAGCACUUUGUGUUGGCGAGGAAAAUCGAGAACAUCGUUUCGCAGCAUUCGUCGUCGCCGGGCUCUUCGCGACACGGUUCGCCCACAAACUGUGCACCAUCAUCAAUCGCCUUUGCAAUGUGCGAGCUAUGUUCUGACGAAGUUACGCAACCGGCAACCGUAUCCUGUCAAACGUGUGCACUGAAGUUGUGCAACUUUUGCAGAGAAGCACACCGGCGACAACGUGGCACCGCCUCGCACUGUAUCGUUCGGCUUGGGUUGAGCGAGCUGAUGAAAGCGAGGCCCCGUCGGACACUGUCUGUCCCGGGGGAGGCCGACUCGAUGCCACGCUCGAUUAAAUGUCCAAUGCAUCCGGAACAUCAAUUAAAACUAUUCUGCACGACUUGCCACCAGGUGAUCUGCGGUGAGUGUAGCACACUGCUGCACCGGGACCACCGCUGCACGACGGUGAGCCGGGCGGGCAAGGUAUACGGACGAUUUGUGCGGAGUGCCAUCGAACAGACGCGUCCCCUGGAGGACUAUGCAUUGCAGUCGGUGGGUAGGUUGAACGACUUGACCGUACGAAUCAACAGCCGCUGUGAGGCGGUGCAGCAGGAAGUGGACGCGUUCGUGGAUGAGUAUGUGGCGGCGCUCGAGGAGCACCGGCGUACGCUGAGCGAGCAGAUCGGUAACAUUCGCCAGGCAAAGAUGGAGAUGAUCAUGGCCCAGAAGUUGGAUCUUGAGCGGCGUUCCCAGAACUCUCGAGCUGCGAUCGAGUUUGCUGAGGAGCUGAUGACCGAAGGCAGUGAGGUGGAAAAUUUACUCUUCGUCAGCAUACUGCUGAAGCGGUUCGAGCAGUGCCUGAAAUCGACCCGAGCGCUCGACAGCACCGUCACCGAUACGGUGCAAUUUCUCGCAGACGAGGAAGCACCGAACGUGCGGGUGCAGACCGGCGUCCCGCUGUUUGGCAUCGUUACCACCCAGAAAGCGGACCCACAGCAGAGUGGCAUCGAGCAUUCGGCCGGCGAGCUGGCUACCCUGAAGGCACACAAGCGCGUCCAGCUGACGCUUGUCGUGCGGGACUACGAAGGUCGUCGGCUGGGUCACGGUGGCAUUACGGUGCAGACGGAUCUCCGCUUUCGGGACGACGAUGAUCACUCGGUACCGAUGACCAUCGCCGACAAUCGGGACGGGUCGUAUGGUCUGACGUUUGUACCGUCGCGUCCCGGUGUAAUGCAUCUGAUGCUUUUCGUUGACGGAAAGUUGCUGGAGGAAUGCCCAGUUGUGCUGCGAAUCCACAAACUUCGACCACACUACGGCGUGUAUCACUGCUGUACGUUCUGUUCCAGCAGCGGGUCCAAGGGUGGAACCUGUGCAUGCGGAAGUAUCAUGCCCGGUGGCUACCGGGGCUGUGGCCACGGGCACGAGGGCCAUCCCGGGCAGCGUCACUGGUCGUGUUGCGGAAGUUUGCAGGAAUAUUCCGACUGUACCGCAUCGGUGGGCAAGGAAAGGCAGCACAAUGAAUAAAUUUCCGGAAAGCGGUGUGAGUGUGUUUGCGUAUUUCUUGCGCCAUCUGACGGUAAAUCGUACUACUAAGACCGAUGAAGCACGGCAUGUGCUGGGGAAAUCAAAUAUUUCGUCGUUUGCUUGGCAGCGCAUGAGCAGAAUAUAGCAGGGGAAAAAAGCUACGAACACAACUCGGCAACGCUCAACAGUGCUUAUCUCGUUCAGCAGUAACGCUGCACACUAGUAAGGUACCGGCGUUCAUUCUUUAUGGACGCGCCCGGCGGUUUGCAAACAUUCAUCAAUUGUUGCUUGUACAUAAUGCGACACUGGCUCGAUAUAUUCGUAUGCAACACACUUGUGACAAUAAAUUGUCCAUCGUCGAUUUUAUUUGUUUUGGAAGCAUGAUGUGCGGCACUUUAGUUCAGGAAAAAGUGCGUGCCGCAGUAUGGAAUGAAUUAUUGCACGUUCACGUGCGUCCAGUUUUUAAAAUGCGGUGGAGUAGAUUAUUUGAACAAAGAGUAAUAAACUAUCUACUCACGAAUGGUGAAAGUACUUAGAGAAUGCUAUCAAGCGCGCCUUUUUUUGCGUAGGGCUUAAAAUGGAUUUAAAAAUGACCACCGAGUAAAUACGGCAAAUAAAAUAAGUGUAUUUGAUGAGAAUUGAAGUGUAUGGAUGAGGUGGGGUCUUUUUUGUUUGCACGGCGCAAGGAUGUAGCAAAGAUUUAUUGAUUUAGUUGCUGUUGGUAAAUGAUUGAUUGUAACGGGUUUUGAGUCGCUUUUUGUCAUCGAACCAUUGAUAAAUCACUGCAAAACGAGUCUGGAAUGAAGUGUUCAGAAAUAAUGCAUUAAGAUAAAAACACAGACACUUCUAUAGCAGGUAUCUAUAACUAGCAGAGUUAACAGACUCUUCUAAUAUUUACCUCUGCAAAUGGGAAAAUGCAAAGCGAAAGGUUCUAUUGCUAGGAUGUUCAAAAUGUUUCGCAUGAUUGUUUUACAACAGAUAGCAAAUAUUCAAUUUUAUUGAAAGUUCACAUGAAAUAGUUUAUUUACUUAUUAUCUGUAAAACUUGUUACUUUACUUCAGUCAUUCGCCAUUAAAUGGGUAUAUUACCCGAUUUACAUAGGUUUCUAAGUUUUCAUUUCAACCGUAAAACGAGAAAAAAUCUAUUUGCAAUAAGAAUAUCUAGAAUGACAUACAAAUAGAAUUGCGCUUCUGAUUAGCCGUAAAACAGUUUAAAUAAAUUGGAAUCGAUGCAAAUAAGUCUGUCAAACAUUAAUCGCAUACAUUUUUAUUUAAAAUUUUUAUCCUCUCGACCGACUAUCUGACUGCUAGCCAUUAACGUUAACACAGAAGGUUCCAUUGCACCAUCCAAAGGGAACGUUAGGAUAUAAAAAUUAUUGGGAUUCCACGAAACGACUAAUUGAUCAAAUAUGUUAACCUCUCGCCUCUCUAUCGUUGGUUGCUGGAGGCA